AUGAGACCAGUGGUUGCAUUGGCAGCUUUAAGUGCGACGUUCGCGACCGCGCAAAACGUUGUGGAUCUGGGGUACGCGCAAUACAGAGGCAUACCUAACGACACUUUCGGCGUGACAACAUACUUUGGUCUACGCUAUGCAGCAUCUCCAACCAAGGAGCUGAGGUGGCAGGCACCACGACCCAUCGAGUACAACAACGGCUACGACCGAGCGACGGUCAUAGAUGCUACUCAGCAAGGACCUCAGUGCGUCCAGACCACACCUUACUGGAACAUCACCAACACCAGCAGCAUACCUGUUCAGUCUGGCCAAGAGGACUGCUUGUUGCUCGAUGUCCUAGUACCCGCAAAACCCGCAAGCUCCUCGCUGCCUGUAAUGGUACAGAUCCAUGGUGGCGGAUAUGCUGGCGGGAAUGCGGAAUCAUAUCCCGGCUAUGCGUUGGUGAAUCAGUCUGCGGGUAACAUGAUCUACGUAAGCAUUCAAUACCGACUCGGUGCCUUUGGAUUCCUGGCUGGCUCUGAAGUCCGAGACAAUGGAAUAGCGAACGCGGGUCUACUUGAUCAGCGGGCCGCACUACAGUGGGUGCAAAGAAAUGUCAGAUUUUUUGGUGGUGACCCUGCGAGGGUGACUAUCUUCGGUGGCUCUGCAGGAGGUGGCGCAGUACUCAACCAGAUGAUCCUGUACGGUGGUGAAGACAAUCCUCCAUUCCAAGCUGUCAUCUCGGAACGACCUUGGGUACAAGAGUACCAUAACAAUAGUGUGCUAGAGAUCCAGUUCCGGGAAUUGCUGAACGCCACUCGCUGUGCCGACUUAGCAUGUCUGCGGACCAUCAACGAGACACAGCUGAAUGUUGGUCAACAGCUUGCCUUGGUCAACGGCUAUCGGAACCAUCCGCAACUGUAUGCAUUUGGCGACUACUGGUAUGGUCCUACCAUAGACGGACAGACUGUCCGUGACUUCCCAUCUCGCGAGCUUGCCAAUGGUCAUUUCACCAAGGUCCCACUCCUUGUGGACACCGAAGGCUACGAGGGUUUCCUCUUCAGUAAUCAAAGCCAGCGAACCAUCAUGGAGGAAACGGCCGACUUGCAGUUUCUGUUCCCGUACGCUAAGAAUUCGUUCUUUACCCGACUAUACGAGGUAUAUCCAGCGAGCGCCUUCAACUCGACCCUCUUCCAACGUCAAACAAUAUACGGCGACUACAUCAUCAAUUGCCCCACCUACUACAUGGCGAGCGCGGUUUCAGAUGCUGGUCUACCAGCGUAUAAACUCGUGUUCAACGCUGGCACGGAGCUACAUGGCGCCACGAGGCCUUUCCUGCAUAACACGAACGCAAGCACUAUCAACAAUGCCACGCUAGCUCUGAUCAUGAAAGAUUGGUACCUCUCCUUUGCCAUCAAUCAAGAUCCGAACCAGCAGUCCUUCAGCAAUGCGACCAAGCCGUACUGGCCUGCAUAUAACCUGCAGGGCUCCUCCAACUUCAUCGUGAUGGAUGUGAACUAUACCAUGAUUGGUCCUGUGCAAGACUUUUGGGCGAGUAGUGGCUGUGACUUCUUCAGAGGACAAGCUAGCGUGGUGAGGAACUGA